AUGGACGAAUCAUCUAUGACAUUAACACCAUGCGCGGAAUUCGCCUUGGUUAUACCACAGUCGAUCCCUCUGUUAUUCUUUUCCGUCAUAAAUUUCCAGCUGAUACCGGGAGGAUUCCACCCUUUCGAUAGCGAAGCGAUCUCCAGCAUCUUUACUUUGAAGAUUAUCGUUUGUGCUCUCACUGUGAUAUCAAUGAGCAUUUCGUCUGCUAUGUCGCUGUUCCCGAAAUUCUCUUUGAAACCAAUUUUCAUUCUCGAAUACAGCAUUUUGGCAAUGGUCUGGGUAAUGUUCACGGCUGUUCUGGUUUUUUCGAAGAUGAAUAGAAGGUGA